UGCACUAACUAACUACUAACCUAAUUUAAUUGCACUUAAUUAAAAAAUUAAUUCAUAGCAUAGCAUUAUACAAUUCUAGCACUGAAAUUUGAUAUGGCAUUACUACUGUUUUUAUUUAUUUAUUACGCUUUUCUCCCUUGAAUUAUUUGCAUCUGCUUGUAUUAUUCCCAUUUGAAAGUUUUUUUUGGAUAAGUGUCUGCCAAACAAAUACAUGUAAAUCCAAACCAUAGCCAUGUCCAUUUGAAUGUAUCUGUUAAUUAUGUAUUUUGUUUUACCAAAUGUAUGGCGAGUACAUUAUGUGAAUUCUCAAGAUAAAAGAUUAAUAUGGAAAAUUUAUUAAAUUACUUACCAUGUGUGACGUUUCAAGCCACUUAGAUUUUUCUGUCCACGCUAAAAGUGAUAUACAGUGCGAAGCAACAAAAUCACAGCCAGUCUGAUAUUUAAUGUUUAAUAUACAGCUGGAUUUAAUUUAUAGUGUUGCUUAAAUUUGGACCUACCUUGUAUAAAAAAUAGAAACCACAAGCAACCAACAAAUAUCUUGUUGCUUUUCACAGUCGUGGCUCGUUAGAAACUCAACGCAACUUUAAAAUAGAAGAGAUGGAAUAUAUCACUUGUCACAUUGCAUCUGAUUGUGACUCUGCAUAAGCAUUUUUGGGUACCUUUUGUGACCGAUGUUUUCUUCCUUUCAGAUCAAGAAUGCUGAAGACAGGAUGGAUCCCCUAGUUCAUCUGAGCCCGCUGAGAGUCAGUGUCUCUGCUCUCCCACACCCCACUCGCCCACCGCGUCCUUGGGCACCUGACCCUGCCCUCUCCACCUCCUGGUAUAAACAGUAGAGUUCUCAGACUACACACAGGAGACCGGUGAACCCGUCCUGUUUAAAUAUGACUGGAUGGAGGUCUCAGUGGCGUCUGGUCCUACUCAACUCACUGACAUGUGGUCUGGAGAUCUGCGUGGCUGCAGGGAUCACCUACGUGCCCCCUCUGUUGCUGGAAGCUGGUGUGGAGGAGCAGUACAUGACGAUGGUUUUAGGUAUCGGACCAGUCCUGGGCCUUCUCUUCAUCCCCCUGAUUGGCUCAGCCAGUGAUCACUGCAACAGCAGCUAUGGCCGCCGGCGACCCUUUAUAUGGAUGCUAUCAUUGGGUGUUCUCCUAGCCCUCCUUAUCAUACCGCAUGCUGAUGUGCUGGCCGCCAACCUAAGUUGGGGUAGCACCCGCCGCAACCGGGCUCUCCAGGUGGGCCUGCUCAUCUUUGGCGUGGGACUAUUGGACUUCUGCGGGCAGGUGUGCUUCACGCCACUCGAGGCAUUGCUCUCAGACUUAUACCAUGAACACGACGACUGCAGACAGGCUUUCGCAAUGUUCUCUUUUAUGGUUAGUCUAGGCGGUUGUGUUGGGUACUUGUUACCCGCAUUGGACUGGAGUGGUGGGCUUCUCUCAUUCUACCUGGGUGGCCAGGCAGAGUGUCUGUUCUCCCUCCUCAUCCUCAUCUUUGUGGUUAGUGUGUUAGUCACCAUGAAAGUGUCAGAGGAACCUUCGCGUGGGACCUCUGUCCUGGAACCUGGGCCAUUGCAGUCUGGACAGUGUUUUCCGCGCACAUGCUGCUAUCUGUUUCAGUGUAAGCUGCGCUCUCUGAAGUCAGGCCCAUUGUUGUGCCUGCUGAGGACUUGCUGGUCAAUGACACCAGCCAUUUAUCGCAGCUACUGCCAUGUACCGCGUGUUAUGCGACAGCUGUGCUUGGCUCAGCUCUGCAGCUGGAUGGGAGUCAUGUCCUUCAUGCUCUUCUACACAGAUUUUAUUGGCGAAGGACUAUAUGAGGGAGUUCCAAGUGCUGCUCCAGGCACUGCUCUCAGGCAACGCUAUGAUGAAGGUAUUCGUAUGGGCAGCCUGGGCCUAUUCCUGCAGUGUGCUACCUCAACCAUCUUCUCACUGGUCAUGAGCAGGCUGGUACGUGUCUUCGGGUCCAGGACGGUCUAUCUGAGCAGCAUGGUGAGCUUCACCAUUUCAGCCCUGGUUAUCUGUCUGUCCAAGAGUGUACUGUUGGUCACGGCUAUGUCAGCCCUAACUGGCUUUGCCUAUGCAACACUACAGACCUUGCCUUACACACUUACCUGCCACUACCACAAAGAGAAAGAGGUGUACAUGCAAAGCACCACAACCAAAACACUGCACAAUAAUGGAUUCACCAUCACAAGGGAUUCUGUUUGUUUAAAUCUAGACAAUGGCCCUGGAGAUCUCAGCCACAAGAAUGGCAGUUCCAAUGGGCAUGCUUAUCACAAGAUUAAUGGAAAACAAUAUUACUCUCCUCUGCACAAUCAAAAUGGUUCACCCCUUGGUCUGGAGUCAGAGGAUUUUGAAAAACGUGGCGUGGGACUAGACUUUGCCAUUCUGGACAGCACCUUCCUUCUCUCUCAGGUCUUCCCCACCCUCUUCAUGGGCAUGAUCGUAAAGUUCACAGAGUCUGUCACUGCAUACAUCGCCUCCUCUGCCAUCUUUGGGGCCAUUGGCAUUUAUUUUGCCACCCACAUCAUCUUUGACCAAAAGGACCUCUGAAGCUGAAAAAUGCAGUUAUGAUGUCAUGUUUGCUUUGAGGAUGAAUUGUGCAUUAGCAGUCUAAACAGCUUUUUUCCAUGAGAUCUCUAUCGCUAAAUGAGAUCAUUGGGACUAUGUCAACCUGGACUUGGUGUAAUUCAUAUUGUGUUGUAAAGACUUUUUGCAAAGAAGAAUGUUUUUGUGUACAUAUAUUUUUAUAUUGAUAAUAUAUAAAUAUAUUUAUAUCUCUAAGGGGGUUUUAUGCAACCCAUUUUGGUGAGGUCAUCUUGUAUUUAUGUUGUAAAUCUAACCUCAUUUUACUUGUCAAACAAAGUGGUCAGUUACCAAGACUAAUAGCACAACAUAGCCUUGUAUAUAAUGUCAAUCUAGUGUUCAAAAUGACAAUCUGGGAUAUUUUUCUACAGGAGACUUUACACACAGACCUAAACUACCUAUUUCAGCUAUAAUGUGUUACAAUUGCAAACCAUCAAGUCAACAAUAUUGUUUUUAACAAAACUGUUUCAUGUCAUAUUUAAGUAAUGUAUCUGUAAGUACACUCACCAUUGGUCAUUGAGUGUGUGUACAUGUAGCUUUAUUUGUAUGAGUGUUUUGGGAUGUGUUAUUGUGUGAAGUGGUAAAAUUCUCAGGAUAAACUCAUCAUCCAGUUCAAAAUUACUGUCAAUCCAAGCACAACACAAAGUACUAAUAAAAGAGGUACUGAUAUUUUCAUUACUGGGAAUCUAUGAGAAUAUUUUUAUAUUCUUGUCUUUUACAUUAGUUGGGAAAUUAUUGUCCCAUAUCAUGCACUGUGUUUGCUGUUUACAACUUAAACUCACAUCUUUUUUUUUUUUUUUUUUGUAGACAUGAUCACUAUGAUCUGAUGCAAUUUGAAACCAUUCUAUUUACAGGUAGGUUAUAGAUGAGCGCCAGGGGUCAUAACGUCAUAACUCUAGAAUGCUCUCUUAUCUGUUAGGAUUCAUUGUGAAUAGAGUUAGGAUCUAUUAUGCUCGAUUUAACUUAUCAAAUCUUAAGACUUUUGAUAGGAUGUUGCUGUAGUUCACAGUAUAUUAUGAAGAGCAUCAUUUUUUAUAUGUAACAUCAUGCUUUUUGUUCAUUUGUUCCUUAUGAAAAAAAAGCAGUUAAUUUUUUCAGGCAAUUGGGAGCUGUUGAAUUCUUCAAACAUAAUGCAUAUUUAACGUAUGCGCAGACCUUCUCUGGAUAAUUCAUAGCAUGUCUCAUUUUAACCUUCAUUUAACAUUUCAGAAAUUCUUCUUUUGAAAAAUAGUUUCCAAAAUUGAAAAAUGUGCUGACCUUUUUUGUGUAAAUAAUUUUACUACAUUAAAAAUGUAAAGUGCCUAAGAAAAGCCCAACCUUUCUUUCUAUUUGUUUUGUUUGAGGUAACAACAAUGACAAAUAUAAGAUUGCAUGCUGAAUUUUUGCCUUAUUUUCCUGAAUCUGUAACUGGUGUUUGGUUAACACCUUUGCAUGUCAACAGGGUAUAAACACUUCAACUAAAGAAGUGGUGUUAACCUUUUAAAGUUGUAAAUUAGCAAAGUGGCAUGUUAUUAAUG